GGGAGUCCCUUAUUGUUGUGAACGCCUCCGUCCAGCACUGCUCAUGGCGCCAAAGAAGGCAAAGAAAAGGGCUGCAGAGGGAGCAAACUCCAACGUGUUCUCCAUGUUUGAACAAGCUCAGAUCCAGGAGUUCAAGGAGGCGUUCACCAUCAUGGACCAGAACAGAGAUGGCUUCAUUGACAAGAACGACCUGAGAGACACGUUUGCAGCUUUAGGCCGGCUCAAUGUGAAACAAGAAGAGAUUGAUGAAAUGCUGAAGGAAGCAUCUGGACCGAUCAAUUUCACCGUGUUCCUCACGAUGUUUGGAGAGAAACUCAAGGGCGCUGAUCCAGAGGAAACCAUCCUAAAUGCCUUCAAAGUGUUUGAUCCUGAGGGGAAGGGAAUUCUCAAGAAGGAAUACGUGACCGAGAUGCUGACCACACAAGCUGACAGAUUUUCAGCAGAGGAGAUGGAGCAGAUGUUUACCGCAUUCCCCCCGGACCCUGCGGGAAACCUGGACUACCGGAAUCUGGUCCAUAUCAUCACUCACGGAGAAGAGAAAGACCAGGAAUAAUAUAGCCCUCGGCCAAUCCCAGCGCUCCCUGUGUGCCUGUCCACGCCCACUUAUUUAUGAUUGACAGGCUUGAAUCCGAGCUCAAAGUCAAUAGAGAAUAUUCUGAUUUUUCAAUGUGUAAUAUUGUGUCUGUGUUUGUAAAAUAAACGCCAAUCUUUGCACCAUUAUCACGUCUUAUGUCAAAGUCUAUUUAUGCAAUUCUGUAAUAAUCCAAUAAAUACCUACAGUAUAGGGGAGACCGGGGCAAGCUGUCACAGGCUUUAUCUCAGUAACGAUAAGAUUUGGAGUCAAAAGUCUCUAGUGGAGGUUUUGUAUGUUGUUUUCAAAACCUAAAUCAUCUAAUAAUUGUUGUAAAUUUUUCGCUAUCAUUGUACUUGGGUAAACAAGGGAACAUAUUUAAACCACACUGGCAUACAUUAAGACAAGAGUCAACUAUAUUAUGAAGGUAGAUUUUUUACCAAAAGGUUUAAAUGUGCAUUUUUCCAAAUGUCAAUUCGGGGCACGUUGUCACAUUUACAGUAUAUCAGGGCAGGUUGUUACAUGUAUUUUAAAUGUCAUAAAUUAGACAAUUUAUUAAUUACAUUUUUUUAAAAAAAAUUUUUUUUAGCCAAAACAAUGUUUUGAUACUUUUCUAUGUUACCUUUUCCAUUUCUGUUGUUUCAUGAAUCAUUUGGUGCUUCAUAAUUGUUUUACUUUUUAAAUUUAGCUGAAAAGCCUUUAAUAGGCUGUUUAAUGAAGACGUAGAUUUAAAGACAGGCAGAGAUUUUGUUUUAGAGGUUGUCCUGGGCUACCAUGUAUAUAUAUAUAUAUAUAUAUAUAUAUAUAUAUAUAUAUAUAUAUAUAUAUAUAUAUAUAUAUACACACACAGUUGUGGCCAAAACCAUUGGCACCCUUGGUAAAUAUGAGCAAAGAAGGCUGUGAAAAAUAUGUCUUUAUUGUUCAUCCUUUUGAUCUUUCGUUCAAAAUAUUCACAAAAAUAUAUCUUCUAAAGGACAUCGAACAAUUGCAAACAACAGCUUUUAACACAAUUGAUCAUGCUGUUCUCAUUGACCGGCUUAAACAGGAUGUUGGUAUGGCAUGGCCCUAAGGUGGUUUAUCUCAUACUUGUAUGAUAGAACAUUCUCUGUUAAAAUUGGAAAUUUCUCAUCAUCUUCAUCAUCUAUUAAAUGUGGGGUUCCACAAGGCUCAGUUUUAGGGCCAGUUUUAUUUUCCUUAUAUACAGUAUGCUGCCCCUCGGCUUAAUGUUUCAAAAACAUGGCAUUUCUUAUCAUUAUAAUGCUGAUGAUACUCAGUCACCCAUCUACUCCUCACUGUCCAUCGGUCACAAGGGUGACCGUUCUUUUACUGUUGCUGCCCCAAGGUUGUGGAAUCGUUUACCACUGUCUGUCAGGUCCUCCACUUCUAUUAAUAUGUUUAAAACCCACUUCAAGACUCACCUGUUCUCUUUGACCUUUGAAAUGUAGUGGUUGUUUUAUGUUUGGAAGUGUCUCAUUCCAUUGUGUUUUAAUGACAUUUGUGUUAUUGUGUUUGAUCUUAAUGUACAGCACUUUGGUCUACAUUGUAGUGUUUGAAGUACUUUAGAAAUAAACUUGACUUUGACUUUGACAC